CGAGGAGUCUGGCUAUUUUUGAAAAGGGAUCCACCGCAGCCUGCGUAGAGACCUUUGAGAAUUACUCGUUUGAUAAAAGCAAGUAACCUGCGCAGAAUAAAUGCAACUAUGGGCAAUAUAUUUCCAAAAGACGAUGUAAGGAGAGAAUUUGAAGAUUUAAAGAGUGAUUUAAAUCAAGGCAAAAUCCCCCAAGCAGCAGCUGAAUACCAAGGAUUUCUAAAUGAAGUGCAAAACCUGCCACUCAAUAUUGCAGUUGUUGGAAAAGGAGGUGCUGGUAAAUCCUCCUUCAUUAAUGCCUUCCGGGGCAUAAAUGAUGGUGAUGCUGAAGCAGCCGAGGUCGGGAGAGUAGAGGAAACCAAAGUGCUAAGGGCAUAUUCCCACCCCUCUUUUCCCAAUAUAACAUUAUGGGAGCUACCAGAGAUCAGAGCGCGUAAUUCAAAGGCAGCUGAAUAUUUUGAGAAGGUCCAGUUUGAAAGAUAUGAUGUCUUUAUCAUGAUUGUCACCGACCGCUUUACUGAAAAUGAUGCUUUCCUGGCAAAGGAAAUACAAAGAAUGAGAAAGAAGUUUUACUAUGUACGUAGCAAAAUGGAUAUCAGUAUCGAAAGUGAAAAGAGGAAAAGGAAUUUCAACAUGGAGAAAACCCUGGAGACCAUCAGGAAUUAUUGUGAAGAUAAUUUGAAAGAAUCAUCUGAGCUCCCUGUGAGAGUCUUUCUGGUAUCCAACCUGCAUGCAGACAUGCAUGAAUUCCCUCUCUUGAGAGAGACAAUGGCCACCGAACUUCCUGAUUAUAAGAAACACCUUUUAACCCUGGCUGGGCAGGUUUUCUCAGAAAAUAAUUUGAUGGACAAAAAGAUUAAAAUGCAACCGUAUAUAAAGAAGUUGGCGAUGGUAUCUUGCAUUUGUGGAGCAGUUCCUGUUGUGGGUCUCUCUCAAGCUUGUGAUCUUGGAAUCCUGAUGGUUGCACUGAAAUGUUUCCGGAAAGUGUUUGGCUUAGACCAGAGCUCCCUCCGUUUCCUGGCACUUCAGACGGGAAAAGGGUUUGAAGAGCUGAAAUCGGGGAUCCAGAAAAGACCAUUAGUCAGUACAGUCAAUGCACAGCUGGUACUUUGUCUCUUGGUGAAGUCUGGUCUCUGGAUAAUGCCAUCAUCUGCCAAAUAUCUGGGGAUGGUGUUUGGUGGAGUGAGUUCAUUUGCUUUUACAUAUUAUUUCCUGAACAAAUUUCUUGACCGUGUUAUGGAAGAUGGCCGAAACAUUCGAGCACAGUUUCUUAAGUGGUGAAAGUCCCAGUGAAAGAUCCAAUUAGCCAUCCAGCCCCCUUUGAAGAAGAGCAUUUCUUCCAAAUGAGAACAGGGGGAAGCAAAUAAUAAUAUAUUUCAAUGUCUAAUUAGAAAACUUUUCUCCAAUCACCUAUUUUUCUGCUUGCUUUAAUUAUUCUCCAACUGAAGUACUCUUCCCCACCCCCCCGAAAAUAAGACUUCCCCUUACUUUUCCUUCUUCUUUGUCUUUCUUUCUUUGUCCUCUUUUUUCUUUCUAUUUUAACAAUUAUAAAUAAAAUGGUAGUUUUGCUCUUAAGCUCAAAAAUUCCCAAAUUGUUUUAAAAAUAUCAUUAAAAUACUCAAUGAAUACUG